CGCGUCGCGGACAUGGUCCCCGCCGCCGCCGGCCCCGCGCAGGUCGUUCGCGCGGCGCAGAAAGACGACUACUACCGCGGUGGGCUGCGGGGCGCGGCGGGCGGCGCCCUGCACAGCUUGGCGGGUGCGAAGAGGUGGCUGGAGUGCAGGAGGGAGGUGGAGCUGCUGUCCGACGUCGCCUACUUUGGCCUCACCACGUUUGCAGGCUACCAGACCCUCGGGGAGGAGUAUGUUGGCGUCAUCCAGGUGGACCCGUCCCGGAGCAGAGUACCCUCCAGGUUGCGCCGUGGCGUGCUGGUGGCGCUGCACACCAUCCUGCCCUACUUGCUGGACAAGGCCCUGCUGCAUCUGGAGCUUGAGCUGCAGGCCGAGGCCGACAGCCCCAGGCCCUCGCAGGGCAGCCUGGCUCUGGGCGGGCGUGGCCGGUCGGGAGCCAGGCACUGGGUGCGCCGGCACACGGCCACCCUGGCGGAACCGCAGAAGAGGACGCUCCUGCGCGCGGUGGUGGUGCUCAGGCAGGGCCUUGGCUGCCUCCAGCGGCUCCACAUUGCCUGGUUCUACAUCCACGGGGCCUUCUACCACCUGGCCAAAAGGCUCACAGGAGUCACUUACCUUUGCGUGCACUCUCCAGCUACGGAGGACCUGAGGGCUCGAGACAGCUACAGGCUGCUAGGAGUCCUCUCCCUGCUGCACGUGGCCCUGUCCGUGGGCCUGCAGCUGUACGGCUUCCGGCAGAGGCAGCGCGCCCGGCGGGAGUGGAAGCUGCACCGUGGCCUGACUCUCCGCAGGAGCCACGCGGAAGAGAAAGCCGUUUCCAGAAACUCCACGUGUACGCUGUGCCUGGAGGAGCGCAAACACCCCACAGCCACGCCCUGCGGCCACCUCUUCUGCUGGGAGUGCAUCACCCAGUGGUGCGACACCAAGGCGGAGUGCCCCCUCUGCAGGGAGAAAUUCCCUCCCCAGAAGCUCGUCUACCUGCGGCACUAUCGCUAGCCCACCCGAGGGCAGAGGCACCGGGGACUGUCAGGAGAGAAACCCCGUCUACUCUCAAGGUCGCUUUUACUUGCACAGGAAUUGCCUAACUCCGAUUUUAUUUCACGUCACGUGAGAAACUACACGAGCAGCUUGCGGACGGAAGCUGGACCUGCCUGCACGGUCCAGGUCUGAGGUCUCUGUGCCGAGUGUGGGCUGGCACUUCCCCGCUCAGUCGCCCCGAGCCCACGGUGCCGGUGGCGAGCGGCAGCUGGGGCAGAGCCCGCCAGGGGGUCCGCACCCCUGCCCCCACCCCCACGGUACAUCUGGGUCACUUCUUCAGGAGCUGGACUAUUGGACAAGGUUGUUUCCAUCCCAUCCCCAAACCAUACAGUGGAAAGUGAGUUCCAGAAGUGGGACCAGCCAUUCACGUGAUGAGAAAAGGAGUCUGUGUCCGGCGCACAGCGGACGGUUGGGGUUUGGCCC